AUGAGCAACGACCAAAAGAUUGACAAUCAUUCUGCAGAAGUAGUGACGGAAUCCCUUCUGAAUACUGUUCCAGAGUAUGAGGCUCAAGGGACGACAAAUGGGGAACAGGAAACUGAACAGGAGUCUCUGCAAAUGUCACUUCCCAUGUCGAAGAUCAAGAAAAUUUUCAAGAUGGAUCCCGAAUAUUCAGGAGCUAGUCAAGGUGCUGUUUACACCACUGGAUUGGCAACUGAGCUAUUUGUUCAAUAUUUUGUUGAACAGGCGAGUCUAAUGGCUAAAGUGGACAAACGCAAGAAAAUCCAAUAUAAGGACUUCGCAAAUGCCGUUGGCAGUCAUGAUGCUUUAAAUUUUUUGGGUGACACGAUACCCAAAACAUAUGCUAUAGGUGAUCUAAUACAGAGGAAAAAAGUCAAUACGUUGGAGUCUAUUCAACUGAGCAAAAAUUUAGAAGACAACCAGAAGAACGCAAAAGCUCCCCCCAACGUUGUAUCAAAACCAGAUCCGAUACUUCCCAAAGGUCAACAAAUUCUCAAUUUUGGCACCGCUUCUAAAGAGGAAACACCAGUUAAGAGGGCAGGAAUAAAUGAUUUGGUAUCUGCGCAGAACGAGAGUGAUACAGUAGAUGUACAAGAUGUUGAAAUGAAGGAGUAA